AUGGCGGACGAGACGGCCGGCGCUCCGCGGCCGGCGCGCAUCACGCAGGGUAGGUUGCGCCUCUUACGCCAGACCAACGCGAUACGGUCCGUGCAUGGGCCGCUGGCGAUCUCGACCACGCGUGCGCUGCGUCCAGUCUCAGCAGGGGGACUCCGUGGCCCGAGCUGCGGGACGCGCUCAAGACGUGGAUCCGCGAGGUACGUUCGCGGCACUAACGGCCUGAACGUCGAUGCAUUUGACGCGCACGCCGCACCGAUUCUGCACCGCGCCGCGCCCCUAGCCCCUCUGCUGCGCGAGCAGCCCGAGGCGCGCGGCGCCGCAUGGGACCUGCUCGUAACGGAGCACGAAAUCCAUGAGAAGGACUGGCAGGACUUUUUCCCCGCACUCGCCGCACCACCAAAUGAAGAUGCGCCGACUUGGGAUACUGUGCUGGAGGGCUCCUCCCUGGAGCGCGUCUGUGGCGAUGUGUGUGCGAUGCUGGACGAGUUUGACGAGCCGCCCUUUACCAUGCAGCGCCUCGCUGAGCUGCUUAUCGAGCCACAGGCACAUUACCACACGCGGUCCAAGUACCUCGCAGCGCUCUCGCGCGUGCUCGCUGUAUCGCCUGUGCCCCAUGCGCCCAGUGGGCCGGACACACCCGGCUCCCCUGCCUUUCGCGUGCGCGCGAGCUCGGAGACCACACCCAUGUAUGCACCCAUUCCUUUCCUGGCAACGCCGACCGUGCACGCGAGCGGCGCUGGCGGCGCGGGCGCCGCCCCUGUGUCGGAAGGGCUCGGCGUCCCAUCUGGCCCCAUCGACGAGCUCGACUCGACCGAAGCGCGCGGCGCCGUUACAGAUGUGGUGCAGCCACUGAGUGCGGCGACGCACGUCGAUGUACCAGAUAAGCGAGCACGCACACAAGUAUAG